UCAAUGUCACUUUAUGAAAUGAAAAUAACCUUCUUUAUUUUUGAAAUCUGAAUUUGAAGUUGGAAUUUUUGUACUCAAUUAUUUUCAAGGUCUGCAUAAAUAAUAAUGAACGAAAUAAAAUUCAAUUAUCAAUAGGUUAAAAAUGGAGGAAAACACGACUGAAGCUCCUAUAAUUACGACAAAGCGUUCGCUUAAUUCGAGGAUAUUUUACGGGUGUAUUAUACUGUUGCUUGCUAUAGCUUUGGGGAGCAUCCACUAUGUAUAUGUCUCACAGCUGUUUGAGAACGACCGGAACUUCUCACAUCUGUCGGAUUUGGAGAGAGAAAUGUCUCUACGGACAGAAAUGGGCUUCUACUAUUCGUACUAUAAGACAAUAGUACAAGAAAAACCGUAUAUAGCUGGAAUAUAUAAACUUUUUUAUGAUAAAUUAGUUGAAUAUCCAAAAGAGGUGAAUGCUUUCAAUAGAUUCAACAUACAUCCAGAGGUGUUAAUUGGUUCGGUAUACAGAUAUUUUGAGCAGUGGCUAACCACUAACCACAAAGAGUGUCACAUGGUGGACAGGGGGGAGGGUCGCACCCCAGUGAAGAGCUGUGUGGGGGUUGGCGUGCCGGUGAUAUUCUAUUUGGAAGCUAUCUGGGGCUUGGCUGGAGUCACCGUUGCGGCUCUGUUCUUACAUGCCACUGUACUUAGCACCAGCAUCCUGGGCGGCGCGCUGGCAGUGCUGCAGUACUUCGCCAACCACGCGGAGUGCACGCGCGUGCAGUGGGCGCCCAACGAGCGCGAGAACUUCGCGCUGCCCUUCCUCCUGCUGCAGGGAUGGCUGCAGACGCUGCAGCUGCGCGCGCGCCGGACCGCCUUCCAUCUGCAGCUACCAAUAUUGCUCUUAAAUUCCAUCAGCCUUUUAUUCUGGCAAUUCACACCGUUCAUAUUCCUCACACAAACAGCCAUUUUCUUCGUAAUGGAACAAUUGAAAAUCAUCGAUGCAAAGUUUCUCUUCGUAUUCAUACACAACCAUUUCUGUAGCCUCCACUCGGCAGCCAUUUUGUUACAAGGGAACGACAUGCUAAAAUCGUCCUUACACACUUGCUACUUCUUCGUUAUAACUGUAUACUGUUUGAUUGGGAGUUACACACGCAUUAAGGUUGAGAAUCGUGUGAACUUUUACACGGAGAGCUUUUUGGUCGUUCUCAGACUAUGUAUUACAAUACUCGCAGCUUUUUACUUGAGAAACGUUUUUGGGGACACCAAUGAGUUGCAGGAUGCUCAUGUGUGGGAUAUAUUGUAUUCGAAGUUCACAGAUUAUAAAAGUUUUCAUACGUUGAUAUAUACUUGCUCUGAGGUGUUUGAUUUUUUACCUGUGUCUUCGAUAGUUAAUAUGUCAAAGACAUUGCUUGUACCUUUUGUGGUGAUAGUUUUUUUUAAUGUUAUAAAUUUUUGGAUGGACGAUGCUUACAACCGUUGUGAGAAGGAGGUAAUGAAUAUUGUCAGUAAAAAGGAAAAAGAUGAUGAAGACAGCGGCAUAGAGAACACAGAAGCUGUCAGAGAUGAUAAGAAAAAGAGCAUAGAGAAUGUAGACGUCUUCGUGUUGUAUAUGAGAAGUUUGAAAAUAGAACCGGCGUUGUUCUAUAAUCUGUGCCAAAUGGUUGUCUAUGGUGUGAUGGCCGCUCUCGUCAUGAGAUUGAAGCUGUUGUUUUCGACGCAAAUGUGUAUUGUUUCUUCGCUUGUUAUGACUAGUCGUUUUCAUAUAGUUCCAAAAUGUAUAUCGAAAUACAUAAACGUUCUGUGGGUGUACGCGAUAGUCAUUGUACCGAUUCUGAUGCAACUCGCGGAAAAUGUUAAGCAAGAAAUGUCGCAUGUUGGUGAAUUCAGCGACUUCCCUCAAGAGGAAUUGUUGGAGUGGAUCUCCAAGGAGUCAGCGGUGGGCGCGUUCGCGGGUUCGAUGCCCGUGCUGGCCACUGUCCUGCUGACCACGCGCCGGCCCGUGGUCGCGCACCCCCACUACGAGCACGACGACGCGAGACAGCGCGCGUAUGCCGUGUACAAGGUUUACGGCAAGUUCUCGUCUCAGCACUACUACCAAGAGAUGACGCGCCUCAAGGCCACGCACCUCAUCCUGGAGCCCAAGUACUGCUACGGCAAGAGCGGUAAGGGGUGCUCGUUCGAGUACAUAUGGGACGUAGAGGUGCCGGCGCUGAAAUCGAACCCCAAACUGUGCCACGUGCUGCUCACUGAGCCGGUGGAGCACUUCUACCCCGUGUUCAAGAACGAGCACUACACCGUCUUCAGGAUAUACGACGUCGGCGUGCAAUACAUGCCUCGAACUUUCUCCACGUGACGUUUGUAGUUUCCAAAAAAAAACAAAAGACUGAUGAAUAUGUAUUUUUUUUUUAUUUUACACUUUACCAUUCCGCUGCGUAGGUGCCUUCGGUUGCGCCUGGAGUCAUUGAUUAUUCUCUGAUAUUUCCAAAGGGUUACCUCGUGGAGAAUCAUCACUAUUUUCAUAGUUAUUAAAGGCCAUAUAAAUAGGAUAAAAUAUAGUCUAUGACACUCGCAAAUAACAUGGCUUUCUGGUGGUGAAAUUUUGAAAAUUUGAACAAGGGUUUGUGGAGCCGAAAGUUUGAGAAUCCACCAUGCUGCUACAGUGUGGAUUGGCGGGGUUAGAUAGAUAAUGACGAUAAAUUAUGGAUGGAUUCCAAAUGACAUUAGUUAUUAUAGGAAAAAAUAUACAGGAUGCUCGGGAGUAUUUCCCAUAACUUCAAGGUGUUGCCACUUAUAGGAGCCAAACUACAAAACUAAUAUAUUUUCAACUAAAAAAAUAAAAGCCUAUUUAAGAUUUCAUACAAAGUAAUUCAAAUAAUUCCGACUAUUCGUAUAACACAUGCCUUUUUUUUUAUUUUAUUUUUUAUUUUUUUACAAGUUAGCCCUUGACUACAAUCUCACCUGAUGGUAAGUGAUGAUGCAGUCUAAGAUGGAAGCCUUUAUCUAUCCUUGCAUUUUAAAAUACGUCAAAGAAGAUGGUCCAUUUUAGGUCCACUCUUGUACCCCAUCAUUAAAAUUUUAAAAAUACAAGGAUUUUAUUAAAAUCUAAAUAAGUGAAUAAAUCUAACGUAAUGAAAAGAAAUAAAUAAAAUUAAAACCCAAGUUUUUGAAUUAUAUCAAGAUGGCGUCCUUAGAGCAACUAUGACAUGACUUGACAGCAAACGUCAAAUCGAUAACUGCAUUGAAAACGUCAUAAAUUCGCCAUUAUUACCCAUAUUAGUGUUGCAUUUCUUGGGAGAUAAUGAAUAUUAUUUCGAAAAAUUUAAGUAAAUUCGUAGAUUUGUAUAAUAAAAAAUAGUCAAAAAAUAUUUUCUUUUAUUUCCGCCAGGGUACAAUGACUGAUUCUGGGUUCCAUACAAUUUUGGACCAUCUUCUUUAUAAGGAUUAAGGGUACAUUUUAAGAUCUUUUUACAAAAGAAAUAUUAUUUACUCCGAAAAUAUUAAUUUAUAUAACCCCAUAGUAGGGAUGAUGACAGUUUUUUUAAAUUGUAUAUAAAUUAAGAGUAUGCUAAUAGUAAAGCAAUUUUGUAAAAGUAACAGGAUAUCUGCGAUCAUUACUUUCGGAGCUACAGGGAUUUAAAGGAUCCCUGAAAAACGCCCCAUACAAAAUGGUACGAACUAAUGACGUCGUAGGUAAUGUAAUGAUCGUUAGAUUUGUAUGCGCGUACAGACAAAAUUACUAAUAUCUUUGUUAUUUGUGCGUUUAUGUUUAUAGUUCAUAUAUUAAAAAAUGUCACAUUUAAUGUAAGGAAGCUAAAACUGUAUGAAUUUUCAUCUAAUUACGAUAAAAGAUUUUUAAUAGAUUUUAAAAUUUUAUAAUCUCAUUUAUUUUGCAAAUAUCCAGACAAUCUUUGCUUUUUAUAUAUAAAUUAGUUAACAUUGACCUUAUUUACCGAAUGUUUCAUAAAAAUUAAUAUAUUCAAACCUAGUCAUCAUGCCCAUUAUGGACCAUCUCCUUUAUAAGGAUUAAGGGACACAUUUUAAGAUCUUUUUACAAAAGAAAUAUAUAUUAUUUACUCCGAAAAUAUUAAUUUUAGAACAUAUGUUAUAUUUAAUUAAUUUUUCGGUAAAGGUGAACAUUUUUAAUAAUUUUUUCGGUAAAAAAUAUAUAACCCCAUAGUUAUGGGGAAUACUCCCCAGCACCCUGUAUAAGUAGUAUCGGAUCGCAAUUUUUUCAACAAAGUAUUAAUUAGUUGUGAUUAUUAUUAAUUAUUGUGUUAUUACUCGACCACGGCGAAGCAGACAGCGGGUACUGAGUUUCAAUGUAUUUAUAUGAUUAUUGUACAUACAUUUGUUAGGCUUAAUAAAGAUUUAAAGUUUGUAUGACUACAAAAGUUA